AUGGCGAUGAAAACCAUUGCGGACAUAAAUAAAGAGGAUGAAGAGGUGAGAAAUUUAACAAAUCAAAUUUUAACGCUGUCAAUAAUAAUUUGCAGCUUUGUAAAGAGGCGGAAAAGUUUAUGCAAGUCUUCUACGAUGUGAUGGAUCGAAAACGCGAAAAAAUCGGAUUCCUCUACGCUAAUAUCGCGUCUUCGAACGUCGUUUGGAACGGAAAUCCGAUCACCGGCUACGACGAUAUUUGCCGGUAAGAAAUUGGCUGAAAUUGUGUUAAAAAUGACUUGAAAACAUGUUGACAUUAUAGGAAUUCCUUCUGAAGUUGUUGCUGCUAGAAAAAAAAAUCACUUUUUCAGAUUCAUGGCCGCUCUGCCGCCCACUCAACACAAUAUUCAGUCUUUGGACGCGCAACGACUUCCAGAAGGUACAGAAAUGAUUAAUUUUGCGAUAAAAUUUAAAAAAAAUUGGUUUUCAGGCGUCUCCGGCGAGGUUUCCGGCGGAAUUGUCCUAAACGUGGCCGGAACGGUGGCCGUUGACGACGAGGCGCAGAGAGCAUUCACACAAACGCUCCUUCUUUGCGUCGAGGACGGAAAAUACAAGGUUUGUGCAGAAAUUGCGAGAACAAUUUAGAUGAAAUUCCCAUGUUUUCAGGUGAAAAGCGACCGAUUCCGCUACGUCGACUAA